AUGUGCGAACUGUCCGAUCGGCGAGGGCUCCAAACCCUCAUGACACAGACACCGAUGAAAGACUUUCUCGAAAUAUACGAUCUCGAGUUCCCUCCAGCUCCUGGCACUGAAUGCGCCAUGAUGUAUUUUGUUGACAAAUUCAAUUUUGCCGUUGCUCAGUAUUUGAGAAAUCCGAUACCGAUUUCAAGUGCUUUCGAUGAGCUGAAAUCUAUGACAGCAACCAUCAAAAUUGUCGAGAUAUUAUCAGACAUCACGAACUCCUACGUCGAAUUGGAAGAUGAGUCAUUAUAUGAUCGGUUUGAAAUCGGUUUGCUCGAAUCAAUGAUUGCGAGUCUAGGACCGAUGAAAAACCAAAUCAUUGUUUUUUUCGGAGCUGGAGCUAUUGGCAGAUUGGCAAUUGCAAUGGCCCAGAUGUUGCCAAACAUCCCCAUCAAGAUUUUGGAGCCAUCGCAACACGUCAUCGAACAAACCAACAUUCGAGGAGAAAUGACAAAAAAGUACAUGCACUUUUUUGGCCAACAAAGUCACGCGGCUCCUAUCAUUUCGGCCGAUUUUCUAUUGCCAGAAUUCCCCAUUCCAAUUCUGGCUGACGUAAUUAUCUUCAAUACCCAGUUUGAACGUCAUGAAGAGUUUUCGGGCUUGUGGAAGAAAAUUUAUCAAUGCGAGCGCCCGAUUCGGUUUGUGACAGACCAACUCCUUCGCUAUGUGUGUUUUGAAAACACGCCCACUGGACAUUUUCAUGUUCUAAAAUUUGGAAAUAAACAGAAUCCAGAAUUAUCUGAAAAUUGCAAUGAAGAAUUGUGGAAUCGUGGACUCGUGAACAUUGCAGACUCUGAAAGAUCCUCGGAACCACUUGAGGCGGAACUUCCAUCAUGCUUGCACGUUCUUCCCAUCUCUGGUAAUCAGGCUACCAUCGAUGAAAGAAUUGUCAAAAAGGACGCCAAGACACAAACCGUUUCCAAAAAACGCAGAAAAUUAAAUGCCAUCGAUAACCUGAGCGAGAUACCAAUCAUUCCGGGAAGAACAUACAACUUCCGUCCGCGUAAUCAUGUCAGAGCAAUCAAUCAGGCGCUAACUUUGAACUCAAUGAGUGUGGAAUACUCUGGCGCUAAAGAAAUUCAUUCGGAGGCGAGUCAAAUGGUUCAAGGACCAAAUCACAGUGAGAUUCAAAGCCAGACCUAUAAUGUCAUCGGAAACAAAAGAAAUCAUGACGACGCUCUUCUGGAAAUGAAUCAAAUGCUGAAUAGUGAAGAUAUCAGCCGGCUGAACACUCCCAUAUUCGAAGAAGAGAUGUUAAAUGAAGAACAAAUAGAACCGUGGCGGGAUGAGGGCCUCCGUGAAGCUAUGGCACGUCUUCCAAAUUCUGAACUAGGAGAGUCUCCCUACAACUUCGACAUCGAAAAUGGCUACAAUUGGUUUGAAGAGUUUGAUGGCGUCUAA